UUAAGGCCAGAACACUGUAGAAAUAAAUGUUGAAGAAAAAUCUCUGGACGAUAACUAGAUGAAAAAAUGAGAGCCAUGAGACACUGAAUAGCCCCAAAGAAAAUACAGAAAAGAACCGAAGAUGCCGCAGCGAUCGCCUUUCGCGAUUCAGGAGCUCCUGGGCCUGAAUGGUACAGGUAACUCUAGUAGUACAGAUCGAGGCUCACCCCAGAGUUCACCACCAGUGGGUGUAUCAGCGGUCUCUUACGCACCGACAACACCCCAUCACAAAAUAUGGGACUACAUGCCGAGUUUGACCAAUCACCUUGGAAACUUGGGAAACCUCGGCAAUUUAACUGCCUCAAGGAUGGCCUACUUGAAUGCUCAAGCGGCUGUCGCUGCUGCAUUCUUACCACCUCCACAUCCUCAUCCGGCUCAUCACGUUGCCCAUCACCAGGUGCAUCAGGCUGGUCAACUACCAUCAUCCCCCGGAAUUAACGUACAUCCAGCAACUGCUCAUGCGCAACAUGUAUUACCAGGUGCUGCCGCAUCCUCUAAUCAUCAUCAGCAUAGUCCAACUCAUCAACACACCUCCACCCACGGUUUCUCACAGUCCAAGAGCACCUUCUCAACGGGGUCUGGUAUCGGCCACAAUAUCGAAGCUGGAAAAGAUUUCACGGUGGAUGGAUUAUCGGGUUUCAGCAAAAAGAAAAAAAAGAAACGUCGGCAUAGCUCCAGGACGAUCUUCACGUCUCAACAGCUGGAGGAGCUGGAAGCGGCAUUCAAAGAGGCUCAUUAUCCCGACGUUUAUGCUCGUGAGAUGCUCAGUCUGCGGACGGAUCUACCAGAGGACAGAAUACAGGUAUGGUUCCAGAAUCGACGAGCGAAGUGGCGUAAAACUGAGAAGUGCUGGGGUAGGAGUACCAUAAUGGCGGAGUACGGUUUAUAUGGUGCAAUGGUACGGCACUCUCUACCACUUCCAGAAACAAUUCUCAAGAGUGCAAAAGAGAAUGAGUCAGUUGCGCCAUGGUUACUCGCGCAAUCGUCUAAGACAAGCGGCUUUAGUCAAGAUUUCGAAACUAAUCAAGAAAUGAUUGACUGUGGCCCCGUAGGGAUGCACCGAAAGUCGAUCGAAGCGGCGGAGCAUCUUAAAUCUGGUGGAGAAGAUAGUGGUAACGAUCACGCUGGUAGCAGUGGUAGUCCACAUCACAACCAUCAUCAGGGCGGACCAACCAGUUCAGAGAGUGGACAGGAAAGUCAAGACGGAAUGGGCAGCGCAUCGACAGGGGUUGUUCAAGAUACAGAGCAAUUGAGAAACGAGAGUAUCGCAUGUCUGAGAGCGAAGGCCCAACAACACCAACUGCAAUUGAGCCUCCAGCCGGCAUCAUCCUCAACAGCUAAUGCCGGUACCUCCGCACCCGGAAGCACGUCAUAUCCGACCGGGCCACCGGGCAAUACGCUUCACGCCUCGGUUUAAUUCACAAAUACUAUCGUAUAAUCAUCUCCCGAUUACACCCACUAAGUGCUUGAACCAUCGAUGUAUUGCAACCCGGUUAUUUCAAUUGCCAAUGGAGAUCCGUGCUACUUAAUUUCCGUUGAUAAUCGACUCUACAUCUAGAGCCGUGAAGCUAUAUUUCCGGAUGACGUUUUCUCCAAUUAGCAUCAUUUCACAUUUUCACGGAUAUACCAGUGACAUUCUCGUAACGACGAAUAACCGUUAAUUGAUUAUGUGGAAAAUUUAUCCACACUCUUUGAAUUAUUAUUAUCAACGAAUGAAGGGUCUACGAAAUGAGGCCUACUAUGUAAUUCCUAAUCAUUUGGCCUAUUGGUGAACGAAUAAUAACGAAAGUCUUUCUGCACGGAGAGAAAUUUCAGUAAAAAUUACGGAAGAAUUCACGUAAUCCUCAUUGAGGAAUCGUUUUCCGGCAAUUUUUAUAGGAACAAAGUACGAAAUUGUCACGUAAUUUUUCCCGAAGAAGUAAAAUCUCACAGAAACUCUCCGACUUAUUACGCCUCCAAAAUCAAAAAUUCUUGAACGUUCAAUAAUUUUUAUGAAGCUGGUGAGUUACUUGUA